CUGUUAGUUGAUGGUUGCGCUGUUUGCAUAGCUGACCACCCACUGAAGCCAAGGCACGUGAAACUGCUGUCCACUAAAAUGGGCCUGAAAGUCACGUGGGACCCACCCAAUGAUGCUACCAGUAGACCCGUGGAGCAUUACAACAUUGCCUAUGGGAAGUCACUGAAAAGUCUUAAAUACAUCAAGGUGAAUGCGGAGACAUACUCCUUCCUUAUUGAGGAUGUGGAGCCGGGGGUAGUGUACUUUGUGCUGGUUACUGCAGAGAACCGCAGUGGAGUGAGCCGUCCAGUUUACAGAGCUGAAAGCCAGCCCGGAGGUGAAUGGAUCAAGAUUGAUGGUUUUCCCAUUAAGGGUCCAGGACCAUUUAAUGAAACCGUCACAGAAAAGGAAGUGCCCAACAAGCCCUUGCGGGUCCGCGUCCGCUCCUCCGACGACCGGCUGUCCGUGGCGUGGAAGGCGCCACGCCUGUCUGGAGCCAAGAGUCCACGCAGAUCACGCGGUUUCCUUCUGGGCUACGGGGAGAGUGGCCGGAAGAUGAAUUAUGUUCCACUGACGAGAGAUGAGCGAACACAUGAGAUUAAAAAACUAGCCUCUGAGUCCGUGUAUGUGGUCUCCCUGCAGUCCAUGAACUCCCGGGGGCGGAGUCAGCCAGUCUACAGGGCUGCUCUCACGAAGCGGAAGAUUUCAGAAGAGGAUGAACUGGAUGUACCCGAAGACAUCAACGUCCGGGUUAUGUCAUCCCAGUCUGUGCUGGUUGCCUGGGUGGAUCCUGUUUUGGAAAAACAGAAAAAAGUUGUUGCAUCAAGACAGUACACGGUGCGCUAUCGAGAAAAGGGGGAAUUGGCGAGGUGGGAUUAUAAGCAGGUCUCCAACAGACGUGUGCUGAUCGACAGCCUGGUUCCUGACACCAUGUACGAAUUUGCAGUCCGCAUUUCACAGGGGGAGAGAGAUGGCAAAUGGAGUACAUCUGUCUUCCAGAGAACACCGGAAUCUGCUCCUACCUCAGCUCCUGAAAACUUAGCCGUCUGGCCAGUCAAUGGCAAACCUACAGCUGUCACUGUAGCUUGGGAUGCACUGCCUGAGACCGAGGGGAAAGUGAGAGAGUACAUUCUUUCAUACGCCCCGGCUCUCAAACCAUUCGGAGCAAAGUCCCUCACCUAUCCGGGAGAGACUACUUCUGCCCUAGUGGAUGGGCUGCAGCCUGGGGAACGCUAUCUUUUCAAAAUCCGAGCCGCAAACAGGAGAGGAAUGGGACCUCAUUCCAAAGCCUUCAUUGUCGCUAUGCCAACAACCCCUACCAGUAAGCCUGAGGUUCAGCAGAAAGCAGACAUGGAAGAUCAUCAGAAACCUGAAAAGCGUGAACCUUCCUCAUCUUCUCCUAAAGUUCCAGCCUCCUCAAAACACACUCAUUUGCCUGUUUCUCACCAAGGGAGAAAUGUCAAGACCCCCCUCCUUGACUUGAAGAACAAAAUACUGGCCAAUGGUAGGCUGCCCAGAAAACCCCAGGCCCCCACUAGGAGCAGUGAAGGGCUGGACCUCCAGUCGACAGGUAUCACUGAUGAGGCGGAGCUGGAUUCUCCAGGGGAUCCACCAACGUUGCACUCGGAGACCCAAGGCCAGAAGCCCCAGCAGAGGCCACCAAGUAGAUCCAUCCACCCAGUCCUCACUCCUGGGAGGAUGCCACUGAGAGCCCGAAUGCCAGUGCUACCCCGAAAGGAGGGUGUGGACACGCCUGGUUCCACGCCGGCCCCCCACCCUCGUCCAGGGGCGCCCCCCUCGGCAUCGGCCUCUUCUGACGCCCACACACCCUUGGAGGACAGCGCUCACCGUACUUCAGGGGCGCCCUCCACCAACCAGCCUUCGAGCUCUACUGACAAUGACUCAGUGGGCGAAGAGGAGGAAGAGCCAGCCGCAGGCUCCCCUCACCCCAAGGACGCCACCUCCCAGCAGCCGCCUCGCAAGACUCGGCCCGCCCUGUCGCCCAGCCGCCAGUCAGCCUGGAACGCUCUGCGCGACAGAAGCUUCGCGCACCACGGUACAAAGCCAGCCUUGCCGGCUCAGAGGGCGCCCCAUUCCGAGGAUGGAGGGGAAAUUUCGAGGGCUUCAGCCCCACCCUCAAGACUUUCUCCACCGCACGGGGGGUCAUCUCAGCUGCAGCCCACCGAACCACACCCCAGGUCUCCGCUCUCCAGGGGCUGGAAGGAUGGUCACGAUGCCCCAGCCACCAAGGCCAAUGGGCCAUCAGGGUCCACCAAGUCUUCCUUGGUCUCCUCUCGUCUCUCCUCCAGGACACAGGCCUCUGAGGAGGCAGAUGACUCUGACGGUGAUGGUGACAAUGCUGCAGAAGAUAAAGGGAGGCAGGCCGAAGCCACGGCUCCAACAUUCCGGGCCCGGCUGCCCGCGGGUUCGCCAGUCUCCGGACGUUUUAAUUUGCUCAGGAACAGGCCCUUUGCCGCUCAUGGUAGAUAUCCACACAGGUUUGGCAGCCCCCGAGGACCCCGGUUACAGCCCUCCAGCUCCCCUCCGUCCACCGUGUCCUCCCGGGUUCACCCUAGGGUGAAUCCUCCCGCCUCUUCUGACUAUAGGCGAGUCUCGGGAAUCAAUGAAGACAGCGAAGAGAAGGAGGCAGAAGACGAAAAGCCACUUCCGGCCGCCGUGGUGAAUGACCAUGUGCCUUCCUCCUCCAGGCAGCCUGCCUCCCGGGGCGCCGACUACCUGAGAAGAAGCCCCCAAAGUGGGGCGAGCCUGCUGCGGAAGGAGCCCCUCGUGGAGAACCCCAAAUCCGCCGGCACGUGGGCAGGGGUGCAUCCUCAGGCCAAAUCUCAAUCUUCUAAGGCGCAGGAUGUUCAGCAGAGCACGGACGCGGGCGUGGACCGGGGUUCUGCCAAAACACAGCUGUCCCUCGCUCGGCCGCCCACAGCACGGUCUCAGCACCAUCCCGGGUCCAUCGCUCCGGGAAGGCAUCCUUCCUCAACCGUCUCCGCGUCCCAGAAACAGCCCCAUGGGCCCCAGGGCAAGGAAGCGGGGCGUCCGCCUUCCAAACCCCAGGCCGGGCGUCCUCCCCCCACGCCACAGGAAAGUGCCUCCUUCUCAGACCCUUACUCGACCAGAGGCAGACAGUCCUCCCUUACGGCCAGCUCCCGUGGGGUGCUCCCCACUUCUCCCCAGAAUCAGGGCGAGGAUUCUAAGAGCAGAUACGGCGGAAACCACGAUGACAGCGCAGAAGCAGAGGCCCGCGGUGUCCCGGCGCCCGCACACUCGGCCAAGGACGCCACACCGUCCCUUCCCAAGCACCGACAGGUGGAGGCUCCGGCAGGAAGCGCGGGCGACAGUCGCCUCCGCAGACCCCUAGGCAGGCCCGGCAGCCCCCACCCCCACGCCCGCACCAGGGUCCCGGGCAGAGCAGGGCCCCAGGCGGUGGGGAAGAAGGACGGUGCCUCCCAGGCCACAUCAUCCAAAAGGGAGCCCCUGCCGGCUAAAUCGCAGCAGUCGGUCUCGGCUGAGGAGGAUGAAGACGUGGUGUUUUUUAAAGGAGGAAAGGACAAGGACGAGGACCCGCUGUCUUCCUCGGUUCCAAAGUGGCCCUCCUCCUUCACCCCCAGGGGCGACAAAUAUGCUAAUGGAAACAUCGCCAAGGGGGAGACGGACCCCGUCAUCGUGCUUGCGCCUCCCAGAGUGAGCUCCCGGCAGGACGAGAACGCCACCCCGGUCAAGCGUCCUCCUCCGCCACCUCCGGGCGGCUCCCCGAGAGCUUCGCACCACCCGCCCAGACACCCACCUCGCAGCCCUGCCACCCCGAGCCCCACCGUGGGCACCCCCGCCAGGCCGCAGUUCACCACGCGCGCCCCUGCCGUCCACUCCUCCACCACCCCGAUGCUGUCCUUGCGCCAGCGCAUGAUGAACGCCAGGUUCCGGAACCCCUUCUCCCGCGCGCCUGUGAGACCCCCUUCCAGACAAGGUUUUAAUGGCAGAGCGAAUCUAGAAGGGAAAGUACUUCCUGGUAGUAAUGGAAAACCAAGUGGACAAAGAAUUAUCAAUGGUCCUCAAGGAACAAAGUGGGUUGUGGAUCUUGAUCGUGGAUUAGUAUUGAAUGCAGAAGGAAGGUACCUCCAAGAUUCACAAGGCAAUCCUCUUCGAGUUAAACUAGGAGGAGAUGGUCGAACCAUCGUGGAUCUGGGCGGGACCCCCGUGGUGAGCCCUGACGGCCUCCCCCUCUUCGGGCAGGGGCGGCACGGCAAACCUUUGGCCAGUGCCCAGGAUAAGCCCAUUUUGAGUCUUGGAGGGAAGCCCCUGAUGGGCUUGGAAGUCAUCAGAACAACUACCCAUGUUCCCACCACCACCACCACAACCACCACCACCACCACCACUACACGACCUACCACCACCACGACCCCUCAGCCCACCACGACCACCACCUGGCGCCCAACAACCACCCGAACCACUACACAGACAACCACCACCGCCGCCACCACCACCACCCCUGAGCCUACCACUCCCAUCCCCACCUGUCCCCCUGGGACCCUGGAACGGCAUGACCAAGAUGGCAACCUCAUCAUGGGCUCAAGUGGGGUCCCAGAGUGCUACCCCGAGGAAGACGAGUUCUCAGGAUUGGAGACCGACACGGCAGUCCCCACGGAAGAGGCUUACGUUGUCUACGAUGAAGAUUAUGAAUUUGAGACCUCCAAGCCACCAGCCACCACUAAGCCCUCCACCACUGCUGCCACGCCCGCCGUCAUCCCCACAGAGGGCUCCAUUAGUUCCUAUCCUGAAGAAGAAUUCGAUCUGGCUGGAAAGAAACGAUUUGUUGCUCCUUAUGUGACAUACUUAAAUAAAGACCCAUCAGCGCCAUGCUCUCUGACUGAUGCUCUGGAUCACUUCCAAGUGGAGAGCCUGGAUGAAAUCAUUCCAAAUGACCUGAAGAAGACUGACCUGCCUCCUCAGCAUUCCCCUCGCAACAUCACUGUGGUUGCUGUGGAAGGCUGCCAUUCGUUUGUCAUCGUGGACUGGGACAAAGCUGCCCCAGGAGACACGGUAACAGGUUACUUGGUUUACAGCGCGUCCUAUGAAGACUUCAUCAGGAACAAGUGGUCCACCCAAGCUUCCUCAGUAACUCAUUUGCCCAUUGAGAACCUGAAGCCAAACACAAGGUAUUAUUUUAAAGUUCAAGCCAAAAAUCCUCAUGGCUAUGGACCUGUUAGCUCUUCAGUCUCAUUUGUUACAGAAUCAGACAACCCUCUGCUUGUUGUGAGGCCACCAGGUGGUGAGCCCAUCUGGAUCCCGUUUGCUUUCAAACAUGACCCUGGCUACACGGAUUGCCACGGCCGGCAGUAUGUGAAGCGGACGUGGUACAGAAAGUUUGUGGGAGUCGUUCUUUGUAACUCACUGCGGUACAAGAUCUACCUCAGUGACAACCUGAAAGAUACAUUCUACAGCAUUGGGGACAGCUGGGGAAGAGGUGAAGACCACUGUCAGUUUGUGGAUUCACACCUUGAUGGAAGAACAGGGCCUCAGUCCUACAUAGAAGCCCUUCCUACCAUUCCAGGCUACCAUCGCCAGUAUCGCCAGGAGCCAGUCAGCUUUGGAAACAUUGGUUUUGGAACCCCUUACUACUACGUGGGCUGGUACGAGUGUGGGGUCUCCAUCCCAGGGAAGUGGUAACCACAGGAUGAUCACUCUGGAAGCUCACUGUGCCCAGCCCCCUCAACUAAUUUGCACUUGGGGCUGUGAGCAGGAAAGAGGAUGGUGUCCCCAGCCCCACUGUCCCAAGUGUCGGCAAGGUUGCAUGAUGGACACCGGACACUUCAGGCAUCUUCGAUCUGGAGCUCAGUCCUACUACUUGGCCUGGACCACACACAGGAUUCAAUGUUGCUGUUAACCUUGCUUCUCCACAUGUUCUGCUUACAAUAGCACAUCCCAGAGACGGCAGAAACACGCAGCUACCGGGAUGCCCACUGAUUCAGUGCGAUUUUCAUACUCCAGGGGUAUCUCCAGGGAUCAGCACAAACACGCUGUGCUUGCUUCAUAGAACGCCACACGCUUUCUUUUUAAUCACUGGACUUCUCCAAAAAUAGCUGAAUUUAAGCUUUGGAUCUCUAUCUAUGCCAUAGAACUGAAUUGCUAAAAAUAUCACCGAAGGAAAUGUAUCCUACUUACAGUUUAUUCUGUGGACCUACCCACCGCUAGACCAAAUGUAUCAAAUCUUAUUUGUAAAUUCUCAAUUUUGAUAUAUAUAUGUAUAUAUGCAUAUACAUAUCCACACUUGUCUGCAAGGACAUUGAUUAAAAUCGCUGAAUUUGUACUUGUUCACUAGAUAAA